AUGUCGGGGAUUUUUGGCAGGAAUGAAGUAUGGCUAAAGACAGAAGUGUGCAGGGAGAGCCACCCAGCUGGGGCAGAGAGCUUCCUGGAAGGACCGUCCAGAAGCCACUGCUUUCAGUGCCCGGAGGAUGCCUUCCCAGCCCCCCCCCCACACACUCUGUUCUGUUCCCCAGCAGCUGUUCUGUAUGGUUUGUCUCACGUGAGCCUUGAACCUAAAAGCCAAAGUCUGGGGUAUCAGGACAAACUGAAGGCCUCAGAAAAGGCUCGAGGUCUGACUAAGCAGGGACGUGUCCUGCAGCUGCUUGAGCCUGAGGAAGGGCACCUGGGGUCUGGCUCAGGGUCCGUGCUGGGGCUCGUGCACCCAGAAUGUGAACUUCUCCAAGAGCUGAAAAAGGAUGAGUUAGCAUGCCUGCCAAGAGAAGAGGAGCUGUCCAAUGGGACUGUGGGCUGCCAGAGGGAGUGGGAUGGCCUGCUUUGCUGGCCGGCUCUGGGCACUGGGGCAUCAGUCACCCUGCCCUGCCCAGACUUCUUCUCUCUCUUCAGCCCCAAACCAGGAACAGUGAGGAGAGACUGCAUGGACACAGGAUGGUCAGACCCCUCCCCACCAUAUAUUGAAGCUUGUCCCGUGGAGCUGGAAUCUCUGGCUGAGGAGAAAUCCUACUUCUCCACAGUCAAGAUCAUCUAUACCAUCGGCUACAGCAUCUCACUGACUUCCCUCCUUGUGGCCAUCAUCAUCCUAAUGAUGUUCAGGAGGCUUCGCUGCCCCAGGAAUUACAUCCACGUCCAGCUCUUCUUCACGUUCAUCCUCAAAGCUGGGGCCGUUUUCCUCAAAGACGCUAUAGUUCUCCAGGGGGAGGAUGAGGUUGACCACUGUACCUUCUCCACGACUGGCUGCAAGCUCUCCGUGGCCUUCUCCUAUUUUGCCACCAUGACCAACUUCACCUGGCUCCUGGGCGAGGCCAUCUACCUGACGUGUCUCCUGGCUACGGCCUUCUCCAGUGGAAUGAGAUACUUCUGGUGGCUCGUCCUCGGUGGCUGGGGUCUUCCCAUGUUUUUCAUCCUUGUGUGGAUCUUCUUCAAGUUGGCUUUCGAAGACAGAGUGUGCUGGGACAUGAAUGACGACUCCCCCUACUGGUGGAUCAUCAAAGGGCCCAUCGUCCUUUCGGUCGGGGUCACCUUUGGGCUCUUCCUCAACAUUGUCCGCAUCUUGCUCAAGAAGUUGGAUCCGGGACAGAACAACUUGCACAGCCAUGCCCAGUACCGAAGGCUCUCCAAGUCAACUUUGCUCCUCAUCCCACUGUUUGGAACUCACUACAUCAUCUUCAACUUCCUCCCAGACAGCGCCGGCGUGGGUCUCCGCCUCUGCUUGGAACUGGGCUUUGGCUCCUUCCAGGGCUUUAUCGUAGCUGUGCUCUACUGCUUUCUUAACCAAGAGGUCCGAGCUGAGCUGGUCAGGAGGUGGAACAAUCAUGACCAUGGCCUUGGGCUGACACGGAGGCCAAGGCGGGCCAGGUGGAGGACAGCCUAUAGUUCGGGUCUGAGGGUGCCAACGUCCAUGUGCUAG